AUGGAAGCAACACUUUCGCGGGUUGAUGCGGACAUCAAUUUUAACGUUAGUGACUACGAUCAGGAUAUAAAGCAGGUUGUGAGUAAUUUCACGAAGGACGAGUUUGUGCAUAUUCUGCGUCGACAAAGCACUGGUUUUUCAAGGGGAAGCUCCAAAUACAGGGGAGUUACUCUGCAUAAGUGCGGGCGAUGGGAAGCUCGUAUGGGGCAGUUUCUGAGUAAAAAUAUUGUUGUUUCUGCUGCUGAAUUCGAGGGUACAAGUUCUUUUGUGAAGGAUACCCUAUAUAACUUAAAGGAGAAACUCGAAGUUGAGGCACAUCCUAGGCAGCUGCAUAAUUGGGUUGGGGGUCCUCCUAAUCUCUAUGAUAUAAGUGGAAGUUCACACUUCAUAAAUAAGUGUGACAAUAGAAUUGUUAUUCACCGAAAUCGGGAUCCUGAAGCUGGGCCUAUGGACCAAGUACAAGUAUGUGUUCGAAAGAGUUUCAUUAUACUGGAGUACAUGAUCGGGGAUUAUGAUGAAACUUAUCGUAAUCUCUUCACUCUUAGUGUGAAUAUAAUGGAUAGAGUUGGCUCUCUUGCAAAAGAUUUUAUCCUCAUAAACCCUUCAGACUGUGCUACUCCAGUGAAGCACUCUAAACUAGAAAAGUGA